AUGGACGAGGACGACGAGGACAUCAGCGUGAGUGGCGACGGUUGCGGCAGCGACAUGAGCGACGACCGGGACAAGGUCAGUGGCGACGGGAGUUCUUCGACUGGCGUCGGAGGCGGCGCAGGCAGCGCAAAAAAGUCCAAGUCGUCUUCCGACCACUGCGGCGGAGGCGGUGGAGGCGGCGGUGGCGGAGGCAGUUCGAAAAACGGAGGCAGCGGCAAACCGAGGCGGGCCCGGACGGCGUUCACGUACGAACAGCUGGUGGCGCUCGAGAACAAGUUCAAGACGACGCGGUACCUGUCGGUGUGUGAGCGGCUCAACCUGGCGCUGUCACUGUCGCUCACCGAGACCCAGGUGAAGAUAUGGUUCCAGAACAGGCGGACCAAGUGGAAGAAGCAGAACCCCGGGCUGGACGUGAACAGCCCGACGGUGCCGCCGCCCGGCCCUGCCGGGUCGUCGGCCACCGGUGGACCGCCGUUCUUCCACCCGCUGGCCUACUCGGCCGCGCACCACUACCAGACGCAGAGCUACUCGGCCGCCGCGGCCGCCGCGUACUUCCACCACCUGGGCGCGCACCACUCCACGAUCGGUGGCCACCAUCCACCGUCGUAA